AUGAUGUUUCUUCCAGACCAGAUGAAGGUGGCGUUCUCGGCCGGUCUGACAGAUUCAGGAUCAGUUGGUCCGUUUGAUUUCGAGACGACUUUGAUCUUCUCUAAAAUCAUCACCAACAUCGGCCGAGGCUACAACCAGACUGCAGGCGUGUUCACCGCUCCGCUCAGAGGACUUUACUUCUUCAGCUUCACGGCUGCAGAUUACCUGAAAGGCUACAUGGGUCUCUACCUGUACCGCAACAACCAGCCAAUCAUCUUCAACCUGGACCUGAACGACCACGGUGGCUACGCCUCCACGUCCAACGCUGUGGUUCUGCAGCUGGAGGAGGGCGACCUGGUCCGGCUCGGCCUCCCCGCCAGCUACCGGCUCUACGAUGACUCCAGGAACUUCAGCGUGUUCUCGGGCUUCCUGCUGUUCCCGCUCUGA